GAAUUUAUUAGGGAGAAAUUCAGAUAGGAAAUUAAUAGUAAAAGUAGAUUAUGUGAGUGCGUAGCAUUUUAUUAUUUUUUUUUAUAAAGACAUCCAUGAAAUCUUUUAUUUCUAAGAUUUUGGAUCUGCUCUUAAAUACACAUGCCUAAUCAAAUAAUUCAAAGUUUCAAAGGAAAUUGAUUCCACAUAUGGGUUUAGGAUAGUUGUAGUAUCAAAAAUAUAAAUUGAAUAGAUUAUUUGCUAUCGCAAUUUUGAAGUGAUUAAGGAAAAUAUAAUCUUGAUUUUGAAUUAAACUAAGAUUAGAUCAAUGAUAAAGUUACUAUUCACAAAUAAAUCUAAAUAGCAUUUAAUAGUUAAUCUGUCUAAUUCAAUUACAUAAACGAACAGUUAUUUAUUGAAGUUUUGCAUAAUAGCCAUGGAAAAUGGCUCUGAUUGAGUCC